GGCAACGACAGAACUCAGUUGGCUUCUGCCCAGUUGUUUGUUGUUUUUUGUGUGUAUUUCGGCUCGUCACAUCACAGAACGAACAUGGUGCGCAUCACCGAGGAGUUGGUGCGCAAGAAGUCGGAGCACAAUGAGCGGCUGAUCAGCACGCUGGAGGAGAUCUCGCUGCAUCAGGAGGACAUUGAGCGGAUUGAGCAUGUGCAGAACUGGUGCCGAGAUCUCAAGAUUCUGCUGCUGCAGUCGAAUCUCAUUGCACGCCUCGAGAACCUCCACAAGCUGAAGCGCCUGGAGUACCUCAAUCUGGCGGUGAACAACAUCGAACGCAUCGAGAACCUGGAGGCGCUGGAGUCGCUCAACAAGCUCGAUCUCACGCUCAACUUUGUCGGGGAGCUGACCAGCGUGGAGUCGCUGCGCGGCAACUACAAUCUCCGGGAGCUGCUCCUCAUUGGCAAUCCCUGCGCGGACUAUCCGCACUAUCGGGACUUUGUGGUGGCCACGCUGCCGCAGCUGCAGAGUCUCGACUCGCAGGAGAUUUCCCACUCGGAGCGGCUGCAGGCACAGCGGCAGCUGGGGAAGCACCGCGCGACCAUUGUGCAGCGGCAGGCGGAUCAGGCCAUCGAGCGGGACGAGCAGCGAGUCCGCGUGGCCGAGCAGCAGGCGGCGCUGGCCGAUCAGUGCGCGGACAUCGAGGACGAGGAGGAGCGCACGCGCGCCUUCUGGAACGCCAAGAGCGAGCACUGCCCGGAGAUACGCGCAGAGAUCGCCCGACGGCAUCGCCUGGGCAGGGAGAAGCACGAGCCGCAGUCCGCGCUGCCACAGGCCAAGCGACAGCCGCACCUCUUCGCCCCCUGCGGCCGCCCGUACAACCUCAACCAGGCCAAGCUGCCCUUCAGCUUCCAGGACGAGGCCGAUCACUACUCACUGGAGCUGCGGGUCUACCGGCACCUGGACACCGCCUUGAUCGAUGUCGAUGUGCAGACGAACUACACGCGCGUCACCGUCAAGGGAAAGAUCUUUCAGAUCGCCUACAGCGAGGAGGUGCAGCCCGGCGAGUCCACAGUUCAGCGUUCCCAGACCACGGGCCACCUGAUGAUUAUCCUCAAGAAGCUGAAGGUCAACGAAAUGCUCACCCUCAAGCGGAGCUCCAAGGCCAAGGGAGCCACUGGACAGGAGUCGCUGCCCCUACGCGGCGCUGUGGACAUUGCCAACAUUUGUCCGCCCGACGAUCUGCCAGAUUUGAUUUAGACUUGAACUCGUUUUCUUCUUUCUUUCGUUCAUCAAUCAAUCAAUCAAUCGUUCAAUCAGU